GAACAAUGCCUGGCACUUUUGCUUAUUGACUGAUUCACUGGGGUCAAGCAAAUGGCAAUGAACCCUGACUGCCAUCAAUAUACAAAUACCAGAUGAGGAAACUGAGUCCCCAUGAGAAGAAAAAAAAAACAGCUCAUAUCCUGGAUGACUGGGCAGAAGGAGGGGUAGAGGGAGAAGAAGAGAGGCAGACACUCAGUGAGGCAGAAACUUGGAAGCUGCUGAUCCUGAUCCUGAGGUCUGCCUCCUCCCUGACAGCACCAUGAAGGUCUCCUGCACUCUUCUGUCCCUGGUCCUCAUCAUUGCUGCCCUCUGCUGUCAGGUUUAUGCCGCACCUGAUGGUCCCAGCACCCCAACUACUUGCUGCUUUGAUUUCACCACUAAGAAAAUUCCUUUAAAGUUUGUGGUGAGCUACGAGAACACCAGCAACAGAUGUUCCAAGGAAGGUUUGAUCUUUCUGACCAGACGUGGCUUCCAGAUCUGCACUAACCCCAAGGAACAGUGGGUCCAGGACAUCAAAAACCACCUGGACAAAAAGAAUGCCAAGACUCAGAGUCCAGAAAGCCUCCUGACACUUUCUCCUCCCUCCAGCCUGACCACAGGCCAAAGCAGGGUUGAAGAAUAAUUUAUUUCCCUCACACCUCCCAAAGCUGCUCUCAGCAACAUUUUGUUAUAAUUUAAAUAUGU